AUGGGAGACGUGCCGCCCGAGACGUUCAAAAGUCGACUGUUGUCGUCAUGGCCUUUGAUGACCAACACUUCUCUUCCGGACCAGCUCGCCGAGGAUGUGACGACUGUUGGAUACGGCGAUCAGCAAUCAAAACUCGCCAUCUCACAGAAAAACAUCACCACACAGCAUCUUAUGAAGGCGCACGUCGAGAACGACUCCAAACAGAACGAUCAAGAUAUCCCUCCAUUUUAUUUCCCAGCACCUCAUGUCUCCGAACUUGAUGUCAUGUUUUCGUCAAGAUCAAUGGCGACCACCUACCCCGCUGAGGGUGUCAGUUUCCAAGUUGUUUGGCCUGAUCCUGAGACCGAACUUGAGGGCCUCCAACGUGUGUCCAUCGGCAUCGAUGACAACAACUUUCCGAAGAUCUUCCUACGUCGCUACGUCGAUUUUCUGGACUACCUAGAAGGACACAAGCGACGUUCUGAAGACCAGCAAUCUCAAAAAUCAAAAUUGAAGGCGAAUGACUCCUCACAAUGCGAUGAGCAAUAA